AUGCCAGUCCAUGAGGCCGAAUUAGCCGCCGAAGCUCCCCCUCCGCCUGCCGGUGGUGAUCCCACUGUUGCAGGCCAUGCGCCACCGUCGUCUCCGACGUCUCUGUACGUAGGAGACCUUCAGCUGGACGUGACGGAGGACCAACUGUUGGCGAUGUUUGCCCGGAUCGGUGUCAUCGCAUCCAUCCGCAUCUGCCGCGACGCCGUCACAGGGGCCUCGCUUGGUUACGCCUACGUGAACUUCGUUUCUUCCGAAGAUGGUGGGCGAUUAUAAUUAUUCUUGGCCAUUUUCUGCUUGCGCGCACACCUUUUGUUUGGUAAUCGUUUGCCGUCGAAUGUUUCUUUCCUGUCACGCUUCUUCUAGGGCCCCAUUUCGGAUGAUUUCGUGGGCACAUUCUCGAUAUCCAACCUUCUCUCCUUAUUUCCUUGUUCUCUUCUUGACGAUACUUCCUCGUUUGUUUAUGUAUUCUUCUUGUUCCGUUUAAGUUCCUAUUCAACCUCUUAGCCCGUCCUUGUACGAUCCUUUUCCCUGUUUAUUUACUGAUCACGUGGUAGCAGCUCCUCCCAUUUUUGACGCCUUUAUUUAUUUCUUUUUUUCUGCUCAUCUUCUUCACCAUUGUUCUCUAGGAUUUAUUUCUUUAUUUAUUUUUGUUUCUUGAUGUAUAAUUUUUCGUUCAGUUAAACGUGAACAUCUACCCACUUCUCUGGAAUAACUCGGCUGUCUUUUUUCAUAGCCAUCUGUGCUCUGGAGGCUCUGAACCACACCGCGGUGAAUGGGAAGCCAAUAAGGAUUAUGUGGUCGCAUCGAGACUCAGAUGUGAGGAAAAGUGGAAUCGGAAAUCUUUUUGUUAAGGUAUCAAAAAUCAACAAGAAAAAGAAAACAAAAUUCUUGAUUUGUUAUCGCUGCAGAAAUGAACGAGUUUCAGAUUUCUUUCUCCCUUUCACCUUUUGCCUUGCAGAACUUAGCGGAAUCGAUCGACAGUAUAAAGCUCCAGGAGAUAUUUUCGAGGUUUGGGAAGAUUUUAUCUUGCAAAGUUGCUACCUCCCCAGGAGGGAAGAGCAAAUGCCAUGGUUAUGUUCAGUUUGAUACUCAAGAAUCAGCCAAUGCUGCUCUCCAGGAACUUCAUGAAGCCUGCAUUGAGGGAAAGAAAAUGUGAGUUGAGUUGGUUCAUCAGAAUUUAUCUUCUCUUUGUUCUUGUGGAGCAGAUACAAUUCCAAAACCCAAAUAGGUUUCAGCCAUUGUACUUCUUGUGGAGCAGAUACGUCACCAAUUUCAUAAAAAGGAGUGAACGCGUAGUACCCAGUUCAGAUGCAAACUACACGAAUCUGUACGUGAAGAAUCUUGAUCAGGACAUCACUGAGGAGCUUCUCCACCUGAAGUUUUCCGAGUUUGGCAAGAUUACUAGCGUGGCCAUCGCCGUAGACUCCACUGGAAGCUCCAGAGGAUUUGGAUUUGUGAAUUAUGAGAGCCCCGGCAGCGCUAAAACUGCAGUGGAAACGAUGAAUGGAAUGCAACUCGGUAGGACUGUUUGCUAUUGAGUAAGCUGGUUUUCGGUUGCUUUAGAAAUGCAUUGGGUCAGUGACUCUUCUGGGGUUCCUAAUCCCGUUUUUUAUGCUUUAUACGGUGUAGGCUCCAAGGCAUUAUAUGUUGCCAGAGCCCAGAAAAAAGCAGAGCGCGAAAAAAUUUUAGGCCGUUUGUAUGGAGCAAGCCAUAAUGAUUCCGCAAAGAACAUGGUAUUUGAAUCAUUUGCUAUGGUUUUCUUCGCUUGAUUUGGGCCCCAACUUCUCUUCUCUUGCAGUUGACUGACCGAUCGUCAUCUCUUUUCAGGCUUCAAAUGUAUAUGUCAAGAACAUCUAUGAUUCUGUCAGUGAUGACGAUCUUCGGGAGCAUUUCAGUGCAUGUGGGACAAUCACUUCUGCCAGAGUGAUGCGUGAUGACAAAGGAGUGAGCAAGGGGUUUGGAUUUGUGUGCUUUAGCAGCGCCGACGAGGCAAAGAGGGCCGUGGGCUCUCUUCACGGUAGUCAAACAACCUGGUCUUGAGUCCACUGAAAGUUCUCUCUUCUCAAUGUUUUCCAAACUGUUGCCUUUAGGGUUUAUGUUCCACGGCAAGCCGCUGUACGUUGCAAUCGCGCAGAGGAAGCAGGAAAGGCAGACCCACUUGCGGCUUCGGUAUGCCCAGAUGAUGUCUGGAUUUGCUGCGCCAUCCUCUGGUGUCAUUCAUGCUGGGUAUCCUCCGAUUUACUACCCUCCUCCUGGUCCCAAUCUUAUGUACCAACCAGUGCCAACCAGACCUGGAUGGAUGAUACCAAAUGGGUUUGUUCCCCCAACAAAAUUAGGUUUCCAAGCACCGUCUCCACCAAUGGUAAGUUUCUUUCUCCCGGUUUCCUGGUUUCUCGUCUUUGUAUAGAGCAUCGUCUCCACCUGUAAGGCCUUCUUUCUGCAGAAUUCAAAUGUUCUUAGACAUCACUGGCGAGGUGGAGGACAGAUAAAUGGAAAUGUGCCUUGGAUGACCGGCCCACCUUCCUCUUAUGUUCCACAAGUGCGACCAAGCAGUCUGCAGGUCUGUUUACUCCUUGUAGAUCAUACAUCGCAUUUUUCUUGGUAAAAUUUCAACUCCCAUUACUUCUGAUGCAUACAUCAACAUAGCUAGCAAUUCCAGGCUGUGAAAUGAUUUUUUUUUUUUUUUUUUACCACAAUAUUUGUACCCGUCAAUGAAAGACCCAUCUUUAAAAUCUAUUUCUUUUUUUGGAAAAAAACAAAGCCGAGGUUUAACUAGAAAAUAGGGAUUAAUACUUGGAUUUCUUGAAUACUGCCAACAAAUUUGACUUCAUAGAGAGAGGACCAAUGAGACAAAAAUGAUUUUUACUCCUGAUUACCUCUUGUUUAUUUAUUUUGAUUCAAUGCAUUCUCCUUCAAUGAAUUAUUUCUACAUUAUUCAUUUAAAUAUGAGUGAGGCCAUUUUCUGCUUUUUCCUGUUCCUUGUUGACAAGCUAAGGGAAAUAUACAGCUCUCCACAGAAAUGAUGGCUGGCCGAAUGAGGCGACAACUUAUUUCCAAAGGAGAUUCUGGAUAAAAUGUACGGCAGCAAAGUACCUGAUGAACUAAAAUGAAAUGAACGUCACCACUUCUCUGCUUUUCGUGUAGAUGAGUUCCAUAAUUGUUCCUCUUUUCUGGAAGCUAGUCCCUGUGUACUCAUCAAAAGAGAUAAUAAAAGCUUGAACCCAUAUAGGAAACAAACAUAGCCGUACGAGAACGAGAGAUCUCUGACAUGGAAGGUAUAGCCAGAGAGGUAAACGGGAGAACAAACAAGAUGGUAUAAAACAUACCAAAGUUCGUCCUCAAAUCAGCGCUACUUUCCCAACGGGAUUUCCACUCUGUGACGCUCUUCACUGAGUGAGAUCGACAGAGCUGCUCGAUUUUGAUCCAAAUGCAAGAGUGGCAGCUCUUUUAAUAUGAUGUCAAUAAGAAAAAUGAAGAUCUCUAUUCUUUCCCUUGAUGUGAAGGAUUCUUUUCUGUGGCUUAUCCAUUUCGCACACAUAACUUUGGUCAAAGGCAUCCAAGCCACCUCAAUUUUCCACAAUCAAGCCGCAAAAUAAAACCCAUUGUCAGGUUCCCAUUUUUUCGAAGGCUGUUCUGGAGACUAUCUGUUUUCCUCCUGAUAGAGAGAGCCUUGGAUUUUAUACCUCAUUAUCCUAAGACUGAUGGCCUCAUGUGCAGCUAUUAUCCUAAUAUUUGACCUGCUGGGUAUUAGGCCAAGUUAAAAAUUCUUUGAAAGGAAAGGAAGCGUUAGAACUAGACCACAGAGGUUUAAGGUUGAUGCACUCAGUGUUAAGACCAGUCCUUGUGUUAGGUGGUAAAUUCGGACUCAGUUGCUGUUCGUAUGCGAUUUGAGCCCUACUGGCUUGGUCAACCAUAGUUGCGAGAUUAACCAAUGCCAUGCACUCCUGAAAUCAUUAGGUGCUUGUGUAGAGUCCACUUCGGUUAUCAAUUGAGCAUCGGUUUUCAGUUCCUUAUUUAUGAUAGAUGAGUCUGCAAGUAGAAGGGCACUUUCUUAGAGUUUUUUGAUGUUUCUGCAAGAACACUGUCUGGGUUUUGUUCAGAUCUUCUCAUCUGGAAUAUAUCGAGUACUUUGACGAAUUAUUUAAAGGAGGUGCUGACUGUCGAUUAGUGUCAUGCCCAACAAUUAGGGCUAUCCUUUUACAGUCCUACUGUUUCAGGCAGAUGGAUUCUUCUAAUCUCCAUUGCCUUAGUAGGAAAAACUUGAUGAUUCUUUCCAAUUAUAAUCUCGAUUCCAACCCCGUAUGCCUUCAUUAUUUCCUCUGGAUCAAAUGGUGGAAUAUCUGUUGUAUUGUUUAACCAUCGUGAAUCUAUGAAUCUGUAUGGCUAGGAGCAGCUCCUAGUUGUAAAAAAACAAAUUCAUUAGAAAUGGGGCGUUCAGGGUAUCUUUUUUCAAAGAUUAGCAACGCAUUAAUCAACGAGUUUUAAAUUAGCGUAGGGAGUUUAGUACAUUUUCCUAAUGUGCUCUGGUCAUCUAUUGAAGUGGGGUAGCGAGGGAGAUAAUGUGCCUAUCCAUCAAAUGCACGAUUUGGCCGACGGAUUAGCAGUUUCUGCUUAUGCUGCAUCAAAAUCCCAAGGCGUGGACGUACUACGCACCAUGCUAGCAUCUGCCUCUCCACAGCAACAGAAGCAGAUGCUUGGCGAGCAUCUUUUUCCCCUUGUUCAUAAACAACAGGUGUGCUUUCUCACUCUCUUGUUUCUGCCCAAACUUGGCAUGAAAUCAAAGAUUUCCAUAUGGUUUUAAUCUCCUCUGAACAGUCUCAUCUUGCGGCCAAGAUCACCGGGAUGCUCUUGGAGAUGGAUAACUGGGAACUGCUUCUUCUUCUCGAGUCGCCACAUUCAUUGGCUGCUAAAGUUGACGAAGCAGCACAGGUGCUCAAGAUCUCAAAGGCUAAAUCAGGCAGAAGAUGA